AGCCGCAGGAGAUCAGUGCUGUGCUUCAGCACAAGAAACAGGGAUUCUGAUAUGAGCUCCAAAGUGAACAUGGAAACUCAGUCCAAGGAACCAGAGCGCCCCUCUAUUGACCCAUCAUCCUCCUCUGCCAGCGAGACCAUCCUCAUCUGUGGCCCUGACAGCGUGGCCAAGAGGACUCGGCCCCAGCCCCACACCACCACAGCCCUCCUGCUUCCAGCUCCUGGUCAUCAGAAAGUAGAGGUGACUCCCGCUGUUGCAGUGGGAAACCCGGGUAAAGGCAGCAGGGUCAAUGAGAUGUCUGCGCCCACCCUGACAGCGCAGGUGGGCACGGCUUGUAGCAUCGUCCAUGUUCUGGAGUGGAAGGAGGGGAUGGCCAUCCUGCCCAGUAGCAACCUCAAGUUCUGUGUGAGUGAUGUGGGAACUUUGAGCACACUGAUAACCCCGGGGACGACCAGCAGCACCACCGAACCACCAGCUGGCUCUUCUGCUAGAUCCAUUGACACAGAAUGUUCUACAAAGAAGCCAGCAGUGCUCACGUUGUCUGUGCCAGAAGUGUCGGCGCCUGUUGGCGCCAUAAGAGCUGAAGCAGUGGAACCAGAGAGGUUGGUACCGGUCAAGCCUGAGGUUCCAGUUGGAGCAGGACAACAGAACCAUGAUCCCAGAGCUCAGAGGAGCUACACAGAGGAGCUGCGGCGGGACCCCGUCACUGACAAGUAUGUUCCUGGCAGCUCCCCCCUGGUCUUUGUCCACACCCCCGUCUCCACAUGCACGAACACACCUGCUCUGCUCGACUCCAGGAGAAGCGUUGGGGUGGAGAAGGUGCCGGCGGGGGGGAGGGUCUCCUCCCUCAACUCCGACCAUCUGAAACCCAUGAGGAAGAGGAAGAGAAAAGAGUACCUGAGUCCAUCUGAGGAAGACUCUGACAUUGAGGGCACGGAUGAGAAAAUGGAUGAUUCUAAAGUGGACGGCCGACACAUCAGAGGAGGUGGGGACAGUAAGACAGAACAGUGGACAUGGGCUCAAUAUCUAGAGGAAGCCAAAGCUGUUGCUGCUCCCAACAAGCUUUUCCAAGAGUCGCAGAGAGUGCCCACAGUGAAGAACGGUUUCAAACAGGGAAUGAAACUGGAAGGCAUCGAUCCGCAGCAUCCGUCCAUGUACUUUGUCCUCACGGUGGCUGAGGUCUGCGGCUACCGUCUGAGGCUUCACUUUGACGGCUAUUCUGACUGUCACGACUUCUGGGUGAAUGCCAACUCUCCCGACAUCCAUCCCGCAGGCUGGUGUGAGAGCACGGGACACAAACUGCACACUCCCAAAGGAUGUAAGGAGGAGGAGUUUACCUGGAGCAACUAUCUGAGAAUGACUAAAGCUCAAGUGGCCCCCAAAGAACUUUUCGCCAGUCCUGGAAGGAUCGAUGUGAAAUGUGAGUUUGAGAUAGGAAUGAAGCUGGAGGCAGUGGACCGCAUGAACCCCUCCCUCAUCUGCGUAGCAACAGUCACCGACGUGGUGGACAAUCGCUUCCUGGUUCAUUUUGAUAACUGGGACGACACAUACGACUACUGGUGUGAUGCCAGCAGUCCAUACAUUCACCCAAUAGGCUGGUGCCAAGAGAGGAACCUCCCCCUCACACCACCCCAAGAUUACCCCGACCUGGGCCGGUUCUCCUGGUCUCGGUACCUGGAGGAGACGGGUGCCAAGGCUGUGGCUGCUGACUCAUUUAAAGUGAGGCCGGCCCACAACUUUCAGCCUCAGAUGAAACUGGAAGCAGUGGACAAGAGAAGUCCUGGUCUGAUCAGAGUGGCAACAGUGGAGGAAGUUGAGACUCAUCGGAUUAAGAUCCACUACGAUGGCUGGAGUCAUGUCUAUGACGAGUGGGUAGACUCCGAUCAUCCAGACAUCCAUCCAGCAGGGUGGUGUGAGGCGACGAGUCACCCUCUAAAGGUUCCUCCACGUGACACCAAAACACAGCAACCACACGGUGUGAGGGAGCUUCCCGCUGCAGGCCAACCCACCUACCCCUCCUCUGUUCCCUGUAAAUCCCUCAGCCACCCAAGAGCCAACAAGUACAGCUUCCACAACAGGAAGUGUCCAACUCCUGGUUGUGAUGGUUCAGGCCAUGUGACAGGUCGUUUCACCGCCCAUCACUGCAUAUCUGGAUGUCCGUUGGCGGAGCGUAACCAGGGCAGGCUGAAGGCAGACCUGUCAGACUCAGAGUGCAAAAGAAACCUCUUCUUUGGCCAGAGGAACAAGAAAACUCAUUACCGUGGCAGGAUCGGUCGUCCCCCUAAAUACAGAAAGAACCAGCAGAGAGACUACCAGAAUAUGUCCUCAGAGGGGGUGUAUCCAUCACUUUUCAUGUCAGCUCUGAGCAGUCAGUCAGACCGGACUCUGUCUCUGUGCUGGGAGCAGCACUGUAAGCUGUUACCUGGUGUUCAGGGCAUCCACGCUAGCCAGGUGGCAACAUGGAGUGUUGAAGAGGUUUUCAGAUUCGUACAAACCCUGAUUGGCUGUGAAGAACAGGCUCGUCUCUUUAAAGAAGAGAUGAUUGACGGGGAGGCUUUCCUGCUGUUGACCCAGACCGACAUUGUGAAGAUCAUGAGCAUCAAGCUAGGCCCCGCCCUCAAGAUCUCCAACGCCAUCCUCAUGUUCAAGACCACAGACGAGGGGCUCAAGUGAUGCCACCCUUGCUCCCUGAGGUGGAGCCAAGGAGGGCAGGGGGCCCUGGGGUGCCAAUCAUCAUGUGCCAACUUCAUUAUUUUUCAGGGCAGAAGACCCUGACUACCUUACUUCAUGUGUUUGGUUUCCUGUGCCCAUCAGAGAGAGGGAGGGAUAAGAUGUGGUUCAAUCAGGGAAAAAUAUAACUGUGAUUGGAAGAUGUCAAAAUCAGAAAGUAGAGAUAUUUUUGAGAGUAAUGGAGCAAUGUUGUGGUUUUGACAAAUUGGCACAGGGAGGGUAAUUUUCACAACUAAUGUGUUUGGUGCAGUAUAAAAGGGUUUUUUAUAAACCCUUAAACAUUAAUGUCAGUGUUGUACAUCUGUUCUCUGUGGUAUGUUUGACUAUAAUCUGAAGUCAGUAGGCUUACAUAUCCAGACCCACAUUUCAUGUUAAAUUUCAUUUGUAAGUCUAAAUGGAUACAGUCGAAACACACUUACAAAAAUGUUUUAAAAAAAAAUCUUUACAUUUUUAAUUUUGAACACAUUCUGAAAAUAGUCCUGCAAGAUUUGCUACUUUUACUUUUGACUUCAAAUUAAAAAAAAUGUUUUUAAACUGUAACAGCAAUCAAUCGAAAUAAGCUCUGCUGCUGAGAAUGAUGGGAAAAAGAGAAGAGUAAUGCAACGUUGAGUCUCAGAGACAAAAUAGUGAAAUACUUUAUGAAUUGAGGAGUCGACAGGCACUAGAUGAAAUCAUGAUGAAAGAACUGAACUGUGGAAAUGUGGGCAAACACAAAUAGGAGGAGUUUAAUGUGGUACCUGAGUGAGGCUCCCUUGAGCUUCAUGUUUUGUGCAAUAAAGAAAUUAAUAUGGAGGAACUAUUUUCAAUAACAUUUAUUAUUACAGCUCCAUAAAUGUUGCACUGUAACAGUAAUCUGCAUUAUUCAGAUUGUUGUUGGCUUUUGAUAGAAAAAACCUGAGUAUUCAGAAGUCUCAUUUGUGUUCCAAAUUUUUACUGCAUCAUCAAUGUGAAACGUUGCAGAGGAGCUGUAAUAUUUAAAUCGUUACAUUAUGCUCUCAUAUGAGAGCCAGAAAACUGAAAAAAAAACAGGGUUUUAGCACUUAUGUCUUCGUGAAAAAGACCAGGAUUUAUUUGUGUUUUUGCAAUUGUUAAUAGAUAAGAACAACUCUGCAUUGGCAUUUUAGCACAACUUUUAAACCCAAAUAGUUUACAGAAUUAUAUUCCCUUGUUUUGUCACUAGAGAGUGCAAAAAUCCAAACGUCAGCACUAUAAACAAGUGUUUGGUAUAUUCAGUAGUGGAGAUCUCCACAGUUUACAUGUGAUGGACGCUCCAUUCGGAGUGUGUUUAUGUUUACAUUCUAUGUCAGAGUUGGGAAAAGCACUGUAUGGGGUUUAUAUUGUGAGAUAAAAUCUGAAUGUUGUAAGGGCUCUUGGAAAAUUUUAUGUGUCUCUCUGGUGGGGUUUGCGUGUGUGUGUUUGUGGGUGUUUGUCAAGAUAAUCUUGGAUCACAAAUGCCAUUCAAUCCAUAAAAAUAAAU